AUGGCUGGUCCACCGGGCCCUCCUCUAGUGUCCAACUAUCCUCCCGGGACGCAGUUCUGGGAGACGGACGACUGGGCUGGCGGCCACCAGGCCCGACUCAACAUCGCCCUGGUCAUCCUCAGCUCUCUUUUUGUCUUUACGCGCCUCUACACUCGGUUUUUCAUGGCCAAGACGCCCGGGUGGGAUGAUCUGCUCGCCGUGCUUGCGCUGUGUGUUGUUUGCACACAGUCUGCCUUCAACAUCCACCUGUCGUACCAUGGCGCCGGCGCGCAUAUGGAGCUAAUUCCAUUACCUGACCUCAUGGAGUUCUUCAUUGGACUGAACAAUCUCAACCUCCUUUACUUCUGGGGUGUUGGCUUGGACCGACUUGCCAUCCUCGCCUUCUUGCCGAGACUCAACAAGGACAAGAUUUACAUGAUUCUCAUCUGGAUCACCAUCGGCAUGGUCCUUGCAACAACCUUGGGAUGCUUCUUCUUCCGUCUGUUCCAGUGCAGCCCAGUGUCGGCGGGCUGGCUUCCCCCAAUGUCGAGUGACGCGCAGUGUGUCACCCCUGUGCAGCUCGACCAGAUGAUGACGGCCCACGCCGUGCUUGGCAUCAUCUUUGACGCCAUUCUCAUGGGUCUGCCAAUCUGGGUCAUCUACACCAAGAUGCUGUGGUCGCGCAAGAUGUUCCAGGUCAUUGCAGUCUUCAGCGUCGGUAUCUUCGUGGUCAUCACUGGCUGCAUCCGCCUGUACUACAUCAAGACCAUGGACUGGAAAACCGACUCGACAUUCAAGAUGGCCACCAUCGGAGUGUGGACCGACCUGGAAUCUCACAUUGGCCUGUGGUGCGCGUGCUUCCCCGCGCUCCAGCCCGUCAUCAGGACCGUCGCCUUCAAGCUUGGCCUCCGCUCCACGCUCGACAGCUACGCCCGCAAGACGGCAGGCACGGGAGGCGUCUCGCACAGCUCGCGGCCCGGCAACUCGUCGGCGCACACGCGCUCUGGCCACCGCUACCUACGGAGCGGCACGGGCGUCGAUGUCAAGACCGAGGUCUCCAACGAGAGCCAGACCAACAUUGUCGACCCGGUCAGGGACUACGAGCUGUCGAAGCUCCCCAAGAUCACCAAGCAGACCGAGGUCCGCGUGGACGUGCAAGAGCGCGGCGCCGCCGGCAAGGACAGGAAAGAGAACUGGAUCGAUAUAUGA